GCAAUUGUAUUUAUGCAUAUGCUCUUCUGAGACAUGUGGAAAAGUGAAUGUAGUCAGAUUAAAUGUAAAAGGAAUAUUUUUACUUCACAUGAUGAGAACAUAAAGAGCUAAAUUCAUAUUUAUUCUGUUCAUCAUAUGUUGGAUUUAAUUUAUAACUGUGUGAAAAUUGAACAUUAAACUUUUGUGACUUGGACAUUUAGUAGAAAUAUUUUGUUUUAGAAAAGUGAUAUUGAAUUUUAGGAUUAAUUAAAUUUAUUUUAGAGAUUAACCACGGUGUUAAUCGGACAGCAUUGAUACUAUUCUGAAUUCUACAAACACAUUAUAUUACGUUAGAUAAAAAUAAAUCUUCAAUCUUAUAAAAUGAACUGUUGUACGAGAAGUCCAGAAAAGGCUAGCAGUGGUAGUAAGCGAAGCAAGGAUUCUGGUGAAAGAACAAUGCGGGAAGGUCUAGAUGCAACAGAUAAAGCGGAGAAAAACUUCGAAUCAGAAAUACGCGAGUUGUUCCGAUUAUUUGAUACGAACAAUGAUAAGUCGAUAUCAGCACAGGAACUUGGCAAGGCGAUGAGGUUUCUCGGUAUGAGCCCAACACAACAAGAGGUGUCGGACGCCAUGAGGACCCUUGAUGUUAACGGAAACGGCAGGAUUGAAUUUCAAGAAUUUUACGCAUUUAUGCAACAGGAGAUGGCAAAAGUCAAUGACGAGAACUACUCACAAAGAGAAGAAGUUAUACGAUCAGCUUUCAGAACGUUUGAUAAAGACGGAAAUGGUUACAUAGAUGCCAAAGAAUUGAGAGUGGCCAUGAAGAAAUUAGGAGAAUGUUUGACUGACAAGGAACUGGAAGAUAUGAUGAAGCAAGCAGAUGUUGAUGGGGACGGAAAGAUUAAUUAUGAAGAGUUUGUCAAGAUAUGGUGUGAAGCGACCUAGUGUAUCAAAGAUCUCACAUAGAUGUUGAUUUAUUUUUGUUUAUAUUGAUUAUAUAUCUCAACAAAGAAUUACGGCGUUUUAAUUAUAAUCAGAGACAUUGUCCUGGUUCUAGUUUAUUUUAUUAUGCAUGGACACUGAACAUUCAUUUAUUGAUCUUUCAACUCGGAGCACAUUUCAUUCUAAGUGUAUGAUAUAUAUUAUGUAUAUGAAAUAUCUGAAAUUGCUCAAGAUGUGAAUAUGUUUAUGAAAAUGUAAUCAUAUUUUAUGAAUGAAAACACAAUAAUAUAUAAUUAUAUACAUUUAUAUAAUAUAAUACAAGAACAAUCAUAUCAUAUAAUAUAUGUACACUUCUAAUAUACAGUAAAAUAUACAUUAUAACCGUAUAAUAAUUAUAUGUACACUUAUAUUAUAAUAUAUAAUAUAUGUACAUUAAUAGCAUAUUAUAUAUGUACACUUAUAUUAUAAUAUAUAGUUUAUACGUAUACAUUGAUAUCAUACAUGUACAUUUUUAUCUGAUAAUGUAUGUACAUUUAUUUAAAGCUACAUUAAAUAAAUAUGUAAAAAUAUUUUGCCGUCGGCCUAAAAAUCAAGCAUUCUAUAGUUUCAUUAACCUUUUUAACAGUAUUGUUGUAAAUCUCAUCAAAUAUUGUUAAUAAGUUAGGAUUUUAAACGGUAAACCCCACGGUUAAACUAAAGUUCGUAUACCAAUUUUAAAAUGCAAAUGAAGACUAUAAUCAGCUCGUGUAUGCGCUACGUCACAGUUAUAUAGUUGCUAUCCGGAGCACAGCAAAUGUGAGAUUUUCUUGUGCAAACACACUUGAACCGUUUUGGCUUCACGGUGCACUAGGCCUGGGGUUCAGAAAAAACUAAUCAUCUCAUAAAAAAGAUUAAAUUUGUAAGAAAACAUUCGUUACAAUGCGGAAAUAUAACGUUAAAUUAGGACUGCUUCUUUAAAUCAUGUUUGUUGAUUUAAAAUUGAUGUACGGAUGAUCUGAAGGCGGAGUUUCUCAUGCAAACAGGAAUUGUACUUCCGAUUUCGCCACAAUGAGGUUGCUCAAUGUUUUUGCUUAUAAAACUCAUUUCGGUUGUCUGGACACCAAAAUAAGAUAUGGAGUCGAUAUGAAACGCAAUUUAUUAAUGAAAUGUCGCUAUUUCUGUUUUAAUGAAAUUUAUUAAAUGUAGCUUUUAUAUAUUAUAUGAACAUUCAUAUCACAUACAAUGUGUGAAUUUAUAUGAUAUAUAUUACGUAAAUUUAUAUCAUAUAUAACACGUACCUGCAUAUAUAUCAUGUAGUGUAUGUACAUUUGUAUCAUAUAAAUGAAGUACACUAAUAUUAUAUAAAUGAAGUACAUUAAUAUUAUUUAUAAAACGUACUUUAUAAUUUGUUUAAUAUAUGUAGAUAUACAUGAUAUAAUAAACGUACAUUUAUAUAAUAAAAUAUACGUAUAUUUAUAUCAUAUAAUAUAUCAUAUCAUAUAAUAUACGUACAUUUAUAUCAUAUGAUAUACGCACAUUUAUAUCAUAUGAUAUACGUACAUUUAUGUCAAAUACUAUACUUACGUUCAUAUUAUAUAAGAUUUGUACCUAUAUGUCAAAACAUAUAUGUACAAGUACAUCAUGUUCAUAUGUCGAAUGAAGAUAUUUUACUUUAAAGGUAAACUUUGUUUGCUUGGAAGAGUCAUGGAGUUUUGAUUAUGUACAUAUAACGCGAAUGAAUACCAUACGGUUUGCAAAUUAAACUUAACAUGAUGUAAA